GGUAGCGACCGCGUCGUACACUGUGUCAACUAGCAGACAGAAUUUUUCUCAGCUGAUUGCAAUUGAAGCUGUCAUUGCAGUCAUGUGAUAUGGAAAAAGACAAACUGAUUCAUAAAGUUUGCCAAGACACUAGUGAUAUAUUCACACGGUUGUUUGAUCAUCGCCCAUUCUUGAACGGCGAAGUUCAACAUUUUGUUCGAGAAUUUGAAGGGAAGAAGAAUAUCAAAGACAUAGGUCUUCUUCUGAAAAGCUGUGAAAAAUUGACAGAUAUAAAUGACUUGCUGAAUACUUCUGUUGGUGACAAUACCAAGGAAGUUAUCUCAAGUUUGUUGGAUAAUAUCUCAAAAACUACCACAUCACUUGAAGCAGUUUCUUCCCCAAAACCUCUUAACGAAAAUAAAUAUCUUUUGGACAAAGAAGCACUGCGGCAAAAAAAGAAGGAAGAGUUCUUUGAAAACUACAGAGAGAGAUUAUUGUCCUUAGAUAAUCUUGUCAAAGAAAAAGAAUUAGAGUUGCGAAACCAUUAUCAACAACUAGAAGAGAAUUUAAAAACCACCCUGUAAUGGCAUUAACAAUCAAGCCAUCAAAAGCCCUCAACGAGUUCAUAAAAACACUACCAGAAAAAGCAGAUUAUCCACCAAAUGUAAAAGAGCUAAGGUCUGGAGAAAAUGUCAUGCUUACUAACAUGGAUCUUAGAUGGAUCGGAAAUUACAUCAGAAAAAUGGAUAGUCCAAAAGUGUAUCUACAUGAAUUCGUAAAAGGCUGUGAAAUCAUCCUGCCGACCCCACCGUCAGAUCCUCCUAGAAAUAAGGAGCUUGAAGCUCGAAUUGCACGACUGCGUAAGGAACAAGAGCAGCGACAAUACAACAAAAUGAUACAAAACGUUUCUCGGACACCUGAAGGCAAGGAGGAAUCAUUUGCCGUCGAAAUGAAACUCAUCAACUCGCAGCUGAUUGAAGUGCUUGGGUUUGCUGUGUCGUUGUUUGCAGCCUUCGCUUUCGGAUUUACGGGGAUAAACUACAUGAUUGGACCACUAGAUUUGGGCAUCCGGGCCCUUUUGGGUGUUGUUUCUGCUUUAGUUGUUGCCGUUGCUGAACUAUACUUCCUUGCCAGAGUUCUUGGCGAUUACGAAUUUUUCCAUUUCCAAAAGCAAAAAAAAAUGAAAACAUCUUAGUAUUA